AUGGAAAUUCCAGAUCAUCGAAAGUGGAUGUACAAUAGAAAUUUGCCUAAUCGAGGAGGAUUACGACAGGAAUUUAUCAAUGGUGUUCGACAAUUUAUUGAUACAGUUACAAAACAACCUCAAUUUGUACUUGAAGGCAGUCUACUUAGAUGUCCUUGCAACAAACAUAAAAAUAAAAUUUUCUCAACUCCGGAUGAAGUUUUACUAGAUUUAUAUAAAUAUGGUUUCAUGCCAAGAUACUGGUGUUGGGAUUCACAUGGAGAGAGUCCAUUGCAUUUGAAUGUAGAUCAUGAUAAUCAAGAAGGCACAUGUUCUUCUCCGCAUGUUAGUGUGCCAAUAAGAAAUUCAUAUGAAUCUAUGGUGGUUGAUGCUGCUGGACCAGAAUUAAUGAGUCAAUUUGAAGAACACAUGGAAGAGCCUCCGAAUACAGAAGCUAAAAAAUUUUAUGAUUUAUUACAGUCUGCUCAGCGCCCAUUAUUUGAGGGAUGUGUUAGUCAUUCAGAAUUAUCAAUGGCAGUUAAAAUGUUGAGUAUAAAAGCUAAAGGGAAUGUAUCUCAACAAAUCUUUGAUGAUUUCGUGAAAGCUAUGAAAGAAGUGAUUCCUAAGGAUAACUUACUUGUCUCCAAUUUUUAUGAAGCAAAGAAGCUAGUAUCGAAACUUGGCAUGGAAAGCAAUAAAAUUGAUUGUUGCAUUAAUGGUUGUAUGCUGUAUUACAAGGAGGAUGAUAUACCAAGAAAGGAAUGUAAAUUUUGUCAUUCUCUAAGGUACAAGAUAGGUAAAAAGGGUAAACAAGUGCCUUUGAAACGAAUGCACUAUUUACCGCUUAUACCUCGUUUAAGAAGACUUUAUGCUUCAAUGAACACAGCAUCUCACAUGCGAUGGCAUUUUGAUCACGAGUUUAAAGGAGUUCUUGAGCAUCCAUCGGAUUCAAAAGCAUGGAAGUAUUUUGAUAGAAAACAUCCACAAUUUUCUCAAGAACCACGCAAUGUCAGACUAGGAUUAUGUGCUGAUGGAUUCACCCCUUUUGGUCAAUCUGGUAAACAAUAUUCAUGUUGGCAAAUAAUUGUCACUCCGUAUAACCUGCCUCCUUCUAUGUGCAUGAAAACUCCUUACAUGUUUUUAUCCAUGAUUAUUCCUGGUCCUCGUAAUCCUAAAACCAGGAUUGAUGUAUACCUGCAGCCCUUGAUUGAUGAGCUAAAACUACUAUGGGAAGAUGGCGUUUUAACUUAUGAUAUUCAUUCCAAGUCAAAUUUUGUAAUGCGAGCUGCAUUGUUGUGGACUAUUAAUGAUUUUCCUGCAUAUGGAAUGUUGUCUGGAUGGAUGACAGCAGGCAGGCUAGCAUGUCCAUACUGUAUGGAACGAACCAAGGCAUUCCAAUUAAAAAAUAAGAGAAAGCCAUCAUGGUUUGACUGCCACAGACAAUUCUUGCCAAAUAAUCACAUGUUUAGAAGAAACAAGGAUGCAUUCUAUAAGAAUAGAAUUGAGAGAUCAAAACCUCUGCCAAGAUUGACUGGAGAGCAAAUAUGGUAUAUAGUUCAGAAUUAUGAUAAGAUAAGUGAUGUUGAGCAACUUGAGAUAGAAGGAUAUGGAAGUACGCAUAAUUGGACCAAAAGAAGCAUAUUAUGGGAUUUGCCUUAUUGGCGUCAUAAUUUAAUCCGUCAUAACCUUGAUGUAAUGCAUAUUGAGAAGAAUGUAUUUGAUAAUAUAUUCAAUACUGUCAUGGACAUCAAAGAGAAGACUAAAGAUAAUGCAAAGGCUAGAAUGGAUCUGUCAUUAUACUGCAAGCGAAAAAAUUUAGAACUGCCAAAACAAAGUGGAGGUAAAAUUAUAAAACCCAAAGCAAACUACACAUUUACCCUCUAG